AUGGCUGUUGCAGUUGAUCAAAACCAUGUCUUCAAGCCAUUUCGCCGACCUCCAAGAUGUAAACUCCCAUCUUACCCUCAAAUUGACUACGCUAUGUUGGAAUCUAAGAAUACAAGUCUCGUGAAAUCAAUCAAGGAUGCCUUUGACUUCAACUCCAUCCACAAAAGCUUCUCCACCCCAUGCCUGUCUAUUUCCACUAUGGUGGAGGAAGAGUUUGAUUCAAAUUCAAGGAUUGAAAUUAUUGCAGGAAAUGGAGCUCCCAGGGUACGUGCUCUAGUAGUGGAGGUCGCGAUAGCUAUGGCCUCUGGUGUUAAUCCCGAGCCGGUGUCAACUGGACUUGGGGGUGCCUACUUUAUUAGGUCUAGAAAUGGUGAUACUAUAGCUGUUGCAAAACCUGUAGAUGAGGAACCUUUAGCCUUGAAUAAUCCUAAAGGCUUUGCAGGUCGGAUGUUAGGCCAACCUGGCAUGAAGCGCUCCAUCAGGGUAGGUGAAACAGGCAUCCGUGAAUUGGCUGCUUAUCUUCUUGAUCAUGGUGGCUUUGCUGGUGUCCCUCCAACCGCACUAGUUAAGAUGUCUCAAGUCAAGUUUAACGUAAAUGGUCCAGAUUCGAUCUUAACUCCACCUUAUAAGAUUGCCUCAAUUCAGCGGUUUGUGGAUCAUGAUUCUGAUGCAGGGGAUUUAGGCCCUUCUGGCUUCUCUGUCAGCUCUGUUCAUCAUAUAGGAAUAUUGGAUAUAAGACUGCUUAAUCUUGAUAGGCAUGCUGGGAACAUUUUGGUGAGGAAAGGGCAAGAGGCUUAUUCUGGUGGAGUAGCUGAGCUUGUGCCCAUAGAUCAUGGAUUCUGUUUACCUGAAUUACUUGAUGAUCCAUAUUUUGAAUGGUUGCAUUGGCCACAGGCCUUAGUACCAUUUUCAGAAUCUGAAAUAGAGUAUAUAUCCAGCCUUGAUCCAUUCAAAGAUGCAGAACUUCUGAAAACCACGAUUCCAUCAAUUAGGGAGUCAUCCAUUCAGAUUCUUGUGCUGUGUACCAUAUUCUUGAAGCAGGCUGCUGAUUCUGGAAUGUGCCUUGCUGAUAUUGGUGAAAUGCUGACUCGAGAGUUUAAUGGAGGGGAAGAAAAUUGGAGUGCAUUUGAGAAUCUCUGUAUGGAUGCGAAGAGUAGCCUGUGUGGAAGAAUAACCUCUGAUAAUGGUGAUCAGGUUGAAGAAGACAAUGAAGUUUUCCAAUUCGAUGAUAAAAAAGAUGGCUCCUCAGAUUUUCCUGAAUCGUUAGAAAGCUCCCCUAAGCCAGGUAAGCCAGCAAAAAUACUAAGGUUUUUGUCCGAAAGGUUAGUAACCAAAUUAAGUGACUCAGAAUUGCUCCUUUCAAAAGAGGAAGACAGCCACCAAAACGAUGACAAUGAUAAUGAUUACCACAACAUCGUGGAAGAGAGUGGAACAGAAAAUGGUUAUGCUGCUUCUGAACACAAGUUAGGCGGGGUAUUCAUGAGGAGCAUGAGUUUUGCAGGACUCAAUCACAGCAAUGAUAAUGGAGGAAUUUCUUUUGGAGAGAUGAGUAAUGAAGAAUGGGAGUUAUUCUUGGAGAAUUUUCAGAAGCUUUUGCCGGAGUUUUUGGAGGCAAGAAAGUGCAUGUGCUUGUCAAAGCAAAGGUUAGGAACUUCUUGUGAGUUCUGA